AUGAUUUCGGACUACUCCAAGAAGAAGAAGAUAUGGGUAUGGGUUUUUGUAUUCACACUUUCAAUAGUAUACUUCGUGCGACAACAAAGAGAUGGUGGUUUGGUGAAAAAAUAUUCAUAUCCAAAAACUUCAAGCGACAAUGACUUCCAUAAUGAGCUGCAAAAAUUGUCAUCAGAGCCAAUCAAGAACAAUACAACAUUGAGAGAAAACGUCUUGCCGCCAAUAUCAUCACCGUUACCGGCACCAGUCGGUAAUGAUACAUUGAAAGACAAUAUCUUCCCGCCAGCAUCAUUGUCGCCACAACCAAUCAGUAAUACUACUACAUUGAAAGAAGAGAGCACCUUGCCGCCAGCAUCAUCACCAGAUCCAAUCAGCAAUAAUACUACUACAUUGAAAGAAGAGAUCACCUUGCCGCCAGCAUCAUCACCGGAUCCAAUCAGCAAUAAUACUACUACAUUGAAAGAAGAGAGCACCUUGCCGCCAGCAUCACCACCGGAUCCAAUCAGCAAUAAUACUACUACAUUGAAAGAAGAGAGCACCUUGCCGCCAGCAUCAUCACCGGAUCCAAUCAGCAAUAAUAAUACUACAUUCAAGGAAGAAAAUGCCUUGCCCGGCGACAUUCCAAGAAAUGAAAAAUCAACCAUCGCCACGGAUAUUACUCGAAUAUGGCACAACUCCCAAAGUGGGUCCGUUUGCGUUCAUUUGAAAGAAGAUGCGAGAUGUCCACAUCCUGCCUUGGUUGGCAGACUAUCAGGACCAGCGCUUGCCAUCUUGGAUUGGAAAGAAAUGCAAACAACAACAGACACACCACCAGGGACUGUUUUAUGUGGCGACUACAGCAACAAAUGGCUCGAUGCCGGAGAAUAUUUUCUGGAGAUUAUCGUUUUGUUGUGUGAAGACUAUGGAGUAGGAGCUUUUGGAAGAAUCAGUGACGCGGCCUGGUUCAACACGACCGUUUCCUGUGUGGAAGAUGCCAUGCACAAUCGAAUCACUUCCGACACGGGCAGCACUAUCACGAUAUCCUCCCCCACGACGCCCAGUGGAAAUUAUCGUCUUGGACGUUGGAUCCGGAAAGAAGGUAUACCACUCCGGCCGUUGUUCACGCGAUCUCAACCAAGAGUUUGUUUCGGACCCGACAAGGUACCGGAAUAUAAACAACUGUGCAACUCCUUUGCAAAUCGAGAUGUUUAUGUAGCUUCGAAAGGCAGGGAGAUUCGUGGCUUGCCCGAGUACGAGUUUCAAUGGGGAAUGAACAUUUCGGAAUCCGGAUUGAUCGAGCGCUUCCGCGAACGACUGAAUGACAAUUCGACCCAUUUUCCAAAGAUAUGUGGCAUUGGAGACUCGCACAGUCGUUACAUGACUGGAAGAUCGCUCCGUGCGCUCAACCUCGAAGGGAUGAUGCUGUAUGUUGGGACUACAUGGCCGGACCCAGAUAAGAUUCAAAAGAGGCUCAAGGGCAAGAAGUGCGAGAAAUUGUUCGUCCAGGUAGGACAAUGGCCUGCCAGUCAUUACAGCCCUGGCGGCCCGUUCUCCUUUGGUAAAUAUCACGAGAAGUUGAAGCUGCAUGUACAAAACGUUUUGAAAACGAUUGAAAAUAAUCCCAUUGGGACGGUGUAUCUGCCAACCCUUGAUCAGUGUCCUCUGAUGGGAAGAAUCACCGCUUGCACGGAUUGGAGAAGUCCGGCCACGAUGGAUGGAUACUCUUUGUGCAAUCAGAUGAUCGAGCAGGAGCUCAAUACUAGCAGGGUGAAAUAUGUCGAUACCAAUUUCAUUAUUUAUACUCAUUGGGAUGGCCAUGGGGAUUGGCAGCAUCUGCAGGAGACUGUAAGAUCCCGAAAGACAAUCUUCAUGGCAGCUAUAAUGUUGGGGGAAUUGGAUGGACUGGAUCUUGACUAA